AUGUCAGUGCCCAAAAGUAGGAUAAUGAAGGUACUUCAGCUAUCGGCUGAAAUUUUCGACCAGAAGUUCAAUCCGUCCGCUACGAGAACUGGUGGUAAGAUUCUAUCAAAACGGUUAAAGGGCUCUUCAAUUGCUAGCUAUUAUGGCAAUCCUGAUUUUCUCAAGUUCAAGCAUCUAAAAACGCUUUAUCCUGGCAUGCAAUUUGUUGAUCAAGAGGAAGAGUACCGGUUAUCAAUGAAUGAAGCAAGGAAACGUAGAGGAAAGGGAGCACCAACAAAGAAAAAAGAGGCGGCGAAAGAAAAGGGUAAGACGAAGAAGAGAAAGUAA